AUGUCGGUUGUAAUACGGAAUGCAGAAGUCGGUAAAGAUCGAGAUGCCGUUGAUGUUGAAGCUAACUUUGAAGAACCUCAGCCCACCAGUCGGGUUUCAAAAAUACGCAACGCCUUGUUGGCAAACGUACAGUUAGUUGCGAUUGUCGUGUCAGUCAUUCUCGGUUUCCUGAUUGGAAUCCUGAUACACGACGCUGUUCAAGAAUCUACAGAUCCGUCGACCGAAAAAGUUAUUAUGUACAUCAAAUUUCCCGGCGAGCUAUUCCUUCGAAUGCUACGAAUGAUUAUCAUACCGCUUACAGUCUCUAGUAUUGUUGUGGCUCUGGGAGAAAUUGAUACGUGUUCGGCUGGGAAGUUGGGUAAGCGGACCUUCCUGUACUAUCUCAUGACCACCGUGGUUGCGACAGUUCUCGGACUUGUGCUUGUGAAAGUUAUAAAACCCGGUGAAGAUAGUAACAGCGAAACCAACGUUGAAAGCGAACCAAGUCCAAUUACAGCGUUCGAUUCAUUUCUCGACGUUUUAAGGUACUUUUAA